AUGGGUGGCCGGUGCGCGGCUUGGAGGUUCCUGCUCCUAGGGGCGCGGUGCACGCUGCACAGUACUGUACCUUAUCAACAGCGGCCCCCCGGUCGCACAAGCCAAGCUGUUUCAGGCGAUUGCGAGUCGAAUGUGGAAAUUGGCGCGCGCAGUCGAGGCGGGCGUCGUGUGGAGCGAGUGCGGCGGAAAGCGGAGAAGAAAAGCGAGCGUGAUGGGACGAAAGGAGAGGCCGGCGGUGCGGUGUGGUUGCAGCUUUUGUUGGGGACAGGAGGCCGCGACUUUUUGAAGCCCUUGGGGAGCCGUUUCAGAAAAUGCGCUAAGCAGCAGAGCCGUCGUCGAUCGGUAGCGCGCCGCCUUGGUGCAAUGGAGCCUUGCGCGGGAGGAGUGCGACGCCGAAAGCGACUGGCCGGCUGCUCAUAUCUACAUAUUCUCGACGCAUUCCAGCGGCUCCGAGCUGGGCUAGCUGAGAUGGCCACGCGUUUGCCAGUACGAGACGCCACGGUCUGCGUCGUCGACCCGAGCGACCCACAGAAGCACGGCGAUAGCGAGACCCGCGCCAUCACCAGCUACUGUACUCUCCGCAGCAGCGCCUCCCCACGGACUCUGCACUCCCGUCAACCAGACGCGCCCUUGCUGCUGGCGUCACAGGGCGCGGGCAGCUCCAGGGCUCCAGGGCUCCAGGGCAGGGCUGUCCGCGCGGCUGCAGAAGAGGUUCGGCAGGCUGAAACAAAGCGAGCGCGGCGCAAUUUUUAG